AUGAAUCUAUUACCUAAAAGCUGUAAAGAGUUCAGUGACAAAGAUUACUGGAACAAGUUUUUCAAGAAACGUGGUAAUAAAGCUUUCGAAUGGUACGGAGAAUAUUUAGAGUUGUGUUCACACCUUCAUAAGUAUAUAAAACUGAAAGAUACAAUAUUGAUUACCGGUUGUGGUAACUCUAGUCUUAGUGCAGAUCUUUAUGAUGUUGGUUAUGAGAGCAUCACAAACAUAGACGUCUCAGAAGUGGUUAUAAGACAAAUGAAUUCGAUCAACGCUCAUAGAACAAACAUGAAGUUUAUUUGCAUGGAUGCAACUAAUACUGCUUUUGGUGAUGACGAGUUCAAUGUGGUGUUGGAUAAAGGUACCUUAGACGCCCUUAUGCCAGACGACAAUGAAGAAACCGUAGCUAGAAUAGAUAAGUAUUUCUCCGAGAUAAAAAGAGUUCUAAAGUUUGGCGGUAGAUUUGUUUGCAUAUCACUGCUCCAGAGUCAUAUACUUCAUAAGCUGUUGGAAACAUUCUGUGAUAAGUCUUGGAUGUUUAGAGUUGUGAGGUGCCAUGAGGCUGAAGAGAAGAAUGCUGAGGAUGGGGAUGGAACAACGUUACCUGUGUUUGUUGUUGUGGCUACGAAAUUCAAAGUUAUGCCACAAUUAAUUUUAGAAGUGUGUUUAGCUGGUGAGAAAAUGGUUAGGAUGUCGACAGCCGAAGAGCUUGCUGCUUAUGUCAAGUCAGCACAGGAUACAGCAUUUGUCACUAAUGGACUUGCUAAAACUAACUUGCAUGAAGACAAUGAGGUAACUCUGGAUUUGAUACAACCUGGAGAAGACACUCCGCGCUAUACCUUAUUUAUAGUGGACCAGAAACAUAAGCAGGCUGUCAACAAAUAUGCAGUUUUCAUUGUACCGCAGGGCAGGGAAUCUGAGUGGCUAUUCGGCACAGCAGCAGGCAGGCGGCAGCUGCAGGACUCGGCGCGGUUCGGGCGCCUGGUGGUGGCGGUGCUAAGGAGAGGGCACAGCUUCGGCACCCUCGACGCUGUCAAGGAGGAGCUCGCGCACGCCGCCAAGAUGCUUAUACCGUACGGGUUCUCCGGGAUGAUCCCGUUCCUAUCGUUGGGCAGCGACGUGGGCCGCCGCGUGACAGUUCACGAGGGCACGUCUCCCCUCUCAGGGGGAUACAUAGUGGAGGAUGUCGACGUAGAGGCACACACGCAUCGCCGGCUCAUAUUCCUCGACAACCAGUUCCUGGUGCAGUCAGAGGCGAGACUCAAGGAAGGUCAGUAUCCUUAG